ACAAAGCGAAAGAGGCCAGAAUGAAAUCAAACACUAGUACGCAAUCAAUUCCAUUUCCAUUUCAUCACACUAUAACAUUGUCUAUUCUACUGCUACUACCACCACUUGUGUUGUGUUGAAGCAUGGAGCAAUCUUCUCUGUCAGACUCAUAUCGGCCCAAGAAACUUGAUUCAGACACUCUCACUGCUGAAAUAUCUGAUGAGGAGAAUGAUUGUCCAAUUGAGGAAGUCCGCCUCACAGUGCCAAUAACAGAUGAUCCAACAUUACCUUGCUUGACAUUUCGAACAUGGUUUUUGGGGAUUAUUUCUUGCUCAAUUCUGGCAUUCUUGAACCAAUUCUUUGGUUAUCGACAAAAUCCACUAUAUGUUUCAUCUGUUUCAGCCCAAAUUGCCGUACUUCCAAUUGGAAAGCUCAUGGCAUCAUAUCUACCAAACAAAUCUAUUCGAAUCCCAGCAACAAAAUGGUCAUUUUCAUUGAAUCCAGGGCCAUUCAACUUGAAAGAGCAUGUCCUUAUCACCAUUUUCGCCAAUUCAGGUUCAAAUUAUGUUCUCGCAGUGGGUAUUAUUACCAUAGUGAAGGCGUUCUAUCACCGCCAACUUCAUCCUCUUACAGCCAUGUUGUUAACACAAACUACCCAGAUGCUCGGAUACGGAUGGGCUGGUAUUUUCAGAAAGUUUCUAGUUGAUUCACCAUAUAUGUGGUGGCCUGCCAAUCUGGUUCAGGUCUCCCUGUUUAGGGCAUUGCACGAUGGUGAAACUAGGCCUAAAGGAGGUCUUACGCGACUCCAAUUCUUCAUUGUAGUCCUCGUAUCAAGCUUCUCAUACUACAUCGUUCCUAACUACUUGUUUCCAUCGAUCACUGCUUUGUCAUUCAUUUGUUGGAUAUGGAAGAAGUCAGUGACAGCCCAACAAAUUGGUUCUGGUCUACGUGGCCUAGGCAUAGGCUCGUUUGCGCUUGAUUGGUCAACAGUUGCUGGUUUCGUAGGAAGUCCUUUAGCCACUCCUGGAUUUGCCAUCAUGAACAUACUGGUCAGUUACAUAGUAUUUGUGUACAUAGUUAUCCCCACUGCUUACUGGACCAACUUGUUUGGAGCAAAGCGAUUUCCAAUUGUUUCUGCGCAUGUGUUCAACGAUGAAGGAGGACUCUACAAUGUCUCCUUAGUUUUGAACGAGACAACCUUCUAUUUCAAUCAACAAGGAUAUGAUAGUUACAGCGAAGUUAAUCUAAGUAUUGUGUUUGUAUUCUCUUAUGGUUUAACCUUUGCAGCAUUGGCUGCUACAUUAUCUCAUGUUGCACUCUUCUAUGGGAGGACAAUUUGGGAACAAACAAAGGUAUCGUUCCAAGAUAAGAUAGGGGAUGUACAUACAAGGCUGAUGAAGAAAAACUACGAUGUGGUGCCUCAAUGGUGGUUUUACGCGAUCCUGAUGUUGGUUGUUGGAUUAUCCAUGCUUGCUUGUGAAGGGUUUGGCAGACAAUUACAGCUCCCUUACUGGGGAGUCCUACUGGCAAUGGCCUUGGCUUUUGUCUUCACUUUGCCUAUCGGCGUCAUUACAGCUACCACAAACCAGCAACCGGGACUAUAUGUGAUCACUGAGUUAAUUAUCGGCUUCAUGUACCCGGGGAAACCUCUUGCCAAUGUUACCUUCGAAACUUACGGUUACAUAAGCAUGUCACAAGCAAUCAUGUUUCUCUCAGAUUUCAAGCUUGGCCAUUACAUGAAAGUCCCUCCGAAAUCCAUGUUUGUUGUUCAGUUAGUAGGAACAAUAGUUGCAUCAUCAGUCUACUUUGGCACGGCUUGGUGGCUACUGAGCACAGUGCAAAACAUAUGUGAUCCAUCAAAACUGCCACAAGGAAGCCCGUGGACGUGCCCUGAAGACGAUUUUUUCUACAACGCGUCGGUGAUAUGGGGGGUGGUUGGUCCACUACGAAUGUUUGGAAGCCUUGGGUUAUAUCAAAAGAUAAACUAUUUCUUUCUGAUCGGAGCAAUAGCACCAAUGCCGGUUUGGUUACUGUCUCGGAAGUAUCCGGAGAAAAAGUGGAUAAAAUUGAUAAACAUGCCUAUUCUUAUAGGAGGUGCAGGGGGUUUUCCACUUGUGAAGGCAGUGAACUAUAGGUGUUGGUUGGCUGUGGGUAUUGCCUUCAAUUUUGUGGUAUAUAGGAGAUACAAGGCUUGGUGGGUUAGGCACAACUAUAUUCUCUCUGCUGCACUUGAUGCUGGGGUUGCUUUCAUGGCCAUUCUAUGCUAUUUCACUUUGCAAAUUAGGGAUAUCAAUGGAAUCAAAUGGUGGGGCAUGGCUUUAGAUGAUCAUUGCCCUCUAGCUAAAUGACCUACUGCCCCUGGUAUUGUGGUUCAAGGCUGUCCUGUUUUCCAUUAAAAAAAUUAUUAUAAUAACAAAUUUAAAAAUUGGGUUCAUUUUGCUUUCCUGGUUAUUUUUUAUGUACUGUAUCUGUGUGAAUGCAUAACAUUAAUUCUCUUUCUUUGUAUAGAAUAUUGUAAAUUUUAAAUGCAGUCACCAAAAAUUGUAUACCUAUACUUCUCUAAAAGAGAAAAUGGUACUAUA